AUGAUUAAUAAACAGUUAUUGUAUAUACUGUUGUUAAUAACGACAGUAUUUUCCCUUGUUUCGGCAUCGGUGUUUGCUAGCCGUGUAGAAGAUAAACCACAGUCAAUCUAUGACAUCUUGGUCACUGAACAAAAAUUCCAUGAUUUUCUGAUGCAAAUUGAAGAAGCUAACUUGGUUGAUGACUUUAAGAAUAUUGAUAAAGGUACUGUCUUUGCUCCUGUUAAUGCAGCCUUUGAAGGAAAAACUACUUUGAUUGCACCCCGCAAGAAUUUGACCAAAGAGCAGCUAUUGUAUCAUAUUAUUCCUGUUUCUCUCAAGUCGGGUGAUUUAUACGACGGUAGACUCUUGGACACUCAAGCUCAAUUAGACGGUGUCACUCAAAAGGUCAAGGUCUUGAAAUCUACUAUCUCAAGAAACAUUGAAGUUGGUGCUGACAACGGUCAAGAACUUGGUCAUGUACUUGAAGAAAUGGAGGCUACGAAUGGAAUGAUUCAAGCUGUUGAUAAAGUAUUGCCUUUGCCUGUCUAUUUAGAUGAAACAUUGCACAUCAAUCAAGAGACUGAAAACUUUUAUGAACUGGCUAAAACCGCACGUAUCGAUCGUGAACUCAAAAAUGCCAAGGGAAAUACUAUUUUUGUUGCAAAAGAUGAUUUCUUUGGUGAUACUCUUGAUCCUAUUCAAAAGAAGUACCUCUUGGAGCAGAAGGGAGGUAGAAAGGAUUUGGCUCGCUUCUUGGAUCAUCAAAUUGCACCCAAGAUUUUCUAUUCUCAUGAUCUCAAGGAAGGAAAAUCUUCAAUUGCCACAGUUGAAGGUUCCGAAGAACUUGAUAUUGUUGUCAAACAUAAUAAGCUUCUCCCCUCCACUAUCACUGUUAAUGGCGUAAAAGUGAUUCAUCAAGAUGUUUUAUCAGCAAAUGGUGUAAUUCAUGUACUUGAAAGCCCCAUCUUACCAAAGAAUAAGGAAUUCCUCAAGCUAUCGGCUCGUAAGGUUUUAGUCGGAAUGAAUGCUACUCGCUUCAUUGAACUCUUUGAUGAAAAUGACCUCGGAUCUUAUUUGGACGAUCAAAAUGAUGUAAUCACCAUUCUAGCUCCGUCCAACCAUGCUCUUGAUGAACCUAAGUUUAUGACUGCUGCUGAUACCAAGUCAUGGUUGAAGUAUCAUAUCGUUCAUGGUCGCUAUACUCCUUCUGACCUUCAAGAUGGUCAAUUGUUAGAGACGGAAUCUCAUGGUGAUUUGGGUAAGGCCUUCCAACGUAUCGAUGUUCACAUUGUUUCUCAAGACCAGGAUUAUGAAAAUGAUAAACUAUUCAGAGAAUCUAUCACAUUUGGUAAAGCUGGUGUAUUAGGUGAUCCAGUCACUGUCGGUGACAACUUAAUUAUCUAUCCCCUCGCGAGAUCUCUUGUAUUGCCUCGCCCUCCCCUUAGUCGUCUUCCUGUUAAUUUGGAAUUGUCAACCUUUGUUGCUGGAUUAUAUGCAUCCGGUGCUGGUGAGGAAAUUGAAAAUGCCCAUGGUAUUACCUUGUUUGCUCCUACCAAUGAAGCCUUCAGCCGUCUUGGUCUCUUGGCUAAAUUCUUAUUGCAACCCGAAUCUAAAAAGAAGCUUGAACAAGUUGUUACCUAUCACGCUGUUCGUGGUGUAUUUUAUGAAAACUCUACUUCCGAAGGUGAACACCGUGAAGUCACUUUGUCCUCAGGUGCUGAAAUCAGAUUGAAUAAGACAGACCAUGGCUUCUUUGUUCGUGGUAGUGGUGCUGCUGAUGGAAAUGAUCGUAAUACUAUUGCCCAAGUAAUCGAUGCUGAUAUCUUGACAUCCAACGGUGUUAUCCACACAAUUGAUCGUGUUCAAUUACCCAGCUCGCUUGAAAUUACCAAUCGCGAUCUUUUAUCUGCUGAGGGUACUAAUAGCUUAUUGAACCUUUUGGAACGUACCAACUUGACCGAUAAGGUCUUGGACAGCUUGGAUAAAGAUACUCCUUACACCAUCUUGGCCCCCUCCGAUCAAGCCUUUGGUAGAUUGAACCUUACUCAUUUGUUGGAAAAUCCCGAGAGACUUCUUAAAGUUGCUCGUUUACAUAUUCUUCCUGUCGCUUUGCCUCGUAUUGAUAUCGGCGAGACAGCUGACAAUAGCUACUAUUACAAUAUCUUUGGUAAGAAGAAGGAAAGCAACAAUGAUCGUAAAGAACACAAGGAUGUCCCUAUGACUGGUAUUGACGUUCCUACUUUGCACGGUGACACCUACGUUGUCAUUAGUAAAGGGCUUACUGGUGGUUACACAGUUACAGUCAAGGGUACUUCCCAAGAAGGCGCUGAUGUUAUCAACCUCGGUCGUUCUAGCGCUGGUGGCGGAGUUAUUAUGAUUGAUCGUGUAUUGCUUCCCAAGGAAGAACUUCACAGAAACGGCUUACCCUGGUGGGCUAUUACUUUGAUCGUCAUUGGAUCUUUAAUUGGUGCAGUUAUCCUUGCUGCUGCCGCAUACAUUGGAUGGAGAUACUAUCAAACACGUCGUGAAGGUCAUAUCAGCUUGAGUAACCCUAACUAA